AUGGCAGCAAAAUGUACUUCUCAUAAAACUAAGGUGGCAGCAAUGUUUUGUGAAUCCUGCAAGGAAAAAAUAUGUCAGGGAUGUAGUAUUCAUGAACAGCAUACACAGAUACCACUGAUGGACAUUCGUGAAGCGUUUGCCAAUUUAUGUUCUGAACACCAGUUUAUUAAUAAUAACAUCAAAUCAUUGGAAAGAAAGGCAAAGGAAAGCGUGACUUCUUGUAUUAAAACAGUCCAAGAUGCCGGUGACGAAAUGGUAAAAACGCUUGCAAAUGUUCGUAUGAAUGAGGUAGAAAUAACGAAAAAAAUUCAAAAAAUCGAAAACGGAAGUGAUCCGAUCGAAGAAAAAUACCUGCAGGCAAAGAAGCUGAGAAAAACUGAAAGUAAAUAUUCACAAUCUCAGCGUCUUGUGUUUAUUCAGUCACAGAAUGACUUGGGUAUCAUACAUGUACCUAAAAUGAUUGGCCGAGUUGAAUGGGUAGCUGAAGAUCAAGAACUUGUGGAACUUUGUUCGUUCAGGACUUCGAAAAGCAGUUUCAUCAAGUCGAUCUGUCCUGUUAACUCGUCGAAGGCAUGGGUACUGCAUUACACGGACAAAGCAAUAUAUCUCGUGGAUUGCAACGGUCAAAUUCUUGAAGAACGGAAUUUGGGGGAGCGCAUUGAAGACUUCUGCCUGACAACUAGUGGUGAAGUAUUAUUCACAUCCUGGAAUGGUUUCGAGUUAAAAAAGCAUACAAAGGACAACAGAGUGAUUUCUUUGUUCACAUUUGAAGAAUGUUAUACCACAAGAGGUCUUUGCUUCAAAGGUGAAGAUGUCAUGGUGUGCCUCUGCUCGUCAAACCCUCAGAAACCAACUAUGUUGGCAAAGAUGUCUAUCGCAGACGAAACAGCUACAAAACUUGAUUACUCUGCAAAACAUGGCUUUAUGGAACCUGGUCGGGUGAACUGUACUAUCGGUGAUACCAUCGCUGUCAUCGACUGGUGCGAUACUGGACGAUUCCUGAAGGGCGUCGACGGAUAUGGAAAAUGUCUGUGGACUUGGAAGGGAGAAAUGAAAACAGGGCCGGAAAUGUCUCCAUUCAAACCCUAUGACGUGUUGAUCUGCAACAUUAACGGCGAGAAAAGAUUUCUCGUCACGCUCAAAGGUCCCGAUUGGAACAAAAUUUGUUCUUUAGAUAUAAAUGGAGGAGCGGCAAAGUGCAUCUACACAGGAGAAACAGAUUCUUGUGAUGGCGCCAUAGCAGCAGAUCAGGAAGGCAACAUCUGGAUAGGUGAUCAAAAAGGUAGAGUUCACAUCAUGAAGGCUGUAAAAAGUAAGGGAUAA